AUGGUAAAAAAGGCGAAUAGUGGAAUGCUGAAGAAGUCUAAUAAUCAGCCGGUGGAGCUGAAUCCAUUCGAGUUAAAAUACAAUCGUGCAAAGCACAAGAUACUUGGAACAAAAGCGAUAUCAGCUCCCUGUGGUGCACCAGGAUUGUCGAAGAAAAAGGCCUUUGAAAAUAGGACUAAGACAUUGGCUGUGGAAUGGAAAGAACGUGGGAAGCGUAAUAAAAUUAUUGAUCAGCGCAUCGGUGAAGGUAAUAGCAUGAUGAAUGCUGAAGAAUGUAUUUCGAAGCGAUUUACUGCAGAACGUUUAAAAAUUUUCAAAGCAACCAAUUCGGAACUGGUAAAUAAUGGAGAAGAAGCAUUGACUCAUAGGGGACGAGAAUUAACAGAAGUAGAGAAGUAUGAUCGCACGAUGUUAAGCGACGAGGACGAUGACGAAGUUAGAGGAGGAGGAAGUAUCGGUGCGAAUAUUGUAGCUGCAGUUCAUUUCGGUGGUGGAAAUGCUGCAUCGGUGGAAAAUGCAACUAGCAAAAGACGAGACUUUAUUGCGGAACUGAUAGCAAAAACGAAGCAGCAACGUUACGACAAGAAAUUAGCUCGUGAUGAGCGUGAAGAUGCAACAGAGAGGUUGGAUGAGAAGUGGAACAAGAUACAACAAACGGAUGUAAUGUCCGGUUUUAUAAAGCCUCUCUUCGAGCUUCAAAUGGAUAGUGGGAAAAGAGGCCAAGCAAGUGAGCGACAAAAAACAGAAGAAGAGAUUGCACAUGAAGAGCGUGAGAAGCUAAUUAGACAGGAAAAAGCUCGUCUUGCUCAGUUGGCUGAUAUUAGCGAAGCAAAAAAGAAAUCGAAAACUGAUGAUAACAAAGAAGGUUUUGUGGUGAAGUACGACAGCUCAGGUGUGCUUAUGAAUGCAGAAAAGCUUAAAAAAGGACGAAUAAAAGUAAUUCGGAUUGAUUCAUCAGAUGAGGAAGAUGAAUCAGAAAGUGACGAUUUGGAUGAAGACAAAGAAGAGGAUGAUUUUGAUGCAAUGGUGAAUGGCGAUGAACAAAUGGAUUUGCCGCCAUCUAGUUCAGAAAAUGCUGCAACAGAUGCAGAAAUGGAAAUUCAGAAAAGAUGGCAAAAUGCGGAAUUACCUUUUGUGAUUGAUUUGCCGCAGAACUACCAAAAUCUGAAAAAAUUGUUGGAUGCUCAAAGUGAUGCAAACUGUGAAGUAUUCAUUAAAAGAUUAAUAAAGCUUUAUCAUCCAAGUCUUCGCGAAGGGAAUAAAUCACGACUUGGUCGUUUAUUUGUACUUCUUCUCAGGUAUUACGACGACUUGUCCAAGGAACGAGAAGCUAAAAUAGCUUUGUUUGGUUAUAUAGCACGAGGAUUAUAUUAUUUGAUGCAGCUCAAUGUUGAGCAUAGUGCACGUUGCAUGCGUGCUCUUCUGCGUCAACAAUAUGCACAACAUGCACGUGCACCACGUGAAAUGUUUACAUUUCGCUGUAUUGCAUUUCUGAAGUUGGUUUUAAUUUUGUACCCAGUGCGAGACGUAUUUCAUCCUGUUGUCAGUCCUACACUUGCAUUUGCAUGCAGCCUUGUUUCAACUGUACGGAUGUGCAGUAUAAAAGACAUUGCACGCAUGCUAUUAAUGGUCAGAAUAGUGGGUUCAUUUGUCGAAGAAAGUAAAAGGUAUCUGCCAGAGGUUAUCGCUUUUCUUCACGGCGUUCUUUUGAUGGCGAUUGAAAACAGCGAUGAUGAACAUUGUCCGACGACGACUUUUCCCAUAUCAUUACCACAUCGAAGAAUGCUUUUUGUCACAGAUGAUUGUUCAAUGAUUGAAAUACCUUCACAGCUAGAUAUAAAGCAAAUAUUUGUUGAUGACACAGAUAGCUUCGAAGAAAACAACAAAAAUCGAUUAUGCGUUCUAAAUAUUGCUUUCACCGUUUUAUGUCGAUUUAGCUUCCUUUAUUCCAAUCUUAUCGGCUUCUCUAUAAUCUUCAGACCACUGCUUGGCUUGUUGUCAAGGUUACCGCGUAAUCUAUAUCCGUCUCAGUUGUUGACGGAAUUGUCUGCACUGGAAUCAUUUAUCACCGCUCAGUCUUCAAGAAAUUUACUGAAACAACUGCAAAGGCCAGCUAAGCAGAAAAAAAUGCUGGAUUUAUUGGAACCACGUUUUGACGAGAACUAUAAUAUAGAAAAAGCACAUUACGAGAAGAACACUGCAAAGAAGUCGAAAAAGGUUGAAAUCAAGCAACUCACUAAAAAGUAUAAGAAAGAAUUACGUGGAACAGUUCGAGAAUUACGUCGUGACAAUCAAUUUUUGAAUAGGGAAAAACGGCAGGAAAUGUUGGAAAGUGAUAAGGCUCGAAAAGAAAAGACAAAAUGGUUGAUCUCCACUUUACAAGGACAGGAAAGUGAAUACAAAAAGAAUGCCUACAUGAAACAGAAGUUGUAA